UGAUCAGCUGUGUCCAAUCACAGCUCAUCACAUGUAAACAGGGAAAUGCAGGUUAUCGGCAUUUCUCUCCUCACAAGCUGUCACGCUGACAGCUCGGGACAUGUACACAGAUCAUCAGAACACUGAUGAUCAGUGUGCCCUGAUGUUCUGUGUAGCCCCAGAAGUGCCACCUGUCAGUGUCCAUCAGUGGCAGCUGUCAGAAAUCAUCCAUGCCACCUGCCAGUGCCCAUCAGUGCCACAUUUCAGUGCCUACCAGUGCACAUCAAUGCCACAUAUCAGUGCCCAUCUAAGCUGCCUUUCAGUGUCACCCAUCAAUGCCAGUUAGUGCCACCUAUCAGUGCCAGUCAUUGCCGCCUAUCAGUGCCAGUCAGUGCCGCCUAUCAGUGUGCAUCAGUGCCCAUCAGUGCUGCCAAUCAGUGCCGCCUAACAGUGCCAGUCAGUGCCGCCUAUCAGUG